AAGUACACGAUCUCUAUCGAGGAUGAUACGUUUUUGUUCUGGAACCAAGUCGUCAAGUGGCUGAAAUUGAAGGAGCGCAAGGGAAAAGGGCCAGAGGAGAACGGCUCUUUGCCCUUUACCCAUGGAGGGAGCGGCUACAUCAUGUCUCGCGGACUCGUUCAACAGACCUUCGGGCGUGCACCCUGGACAUACGAGCACAACGAAACAUUCGCCCACUACAUGCGCUACUCCUGCUGUGGAGACGCCGAGCUCUCCCGAAGCUUCCAGCUGACCCUGCCCGGCUUCGAACCCACGUUUAGUGAGUCUGACAAGCUCUUUACGGGCGAGCCACCAUCACGCUUUGCCUUUGUGCCGAGCGAAUGGUGUGAGCCGAUUCUCACUCUACACAGAGUGACUGGCUUCGAGUAUGUCAGACUGCUCGAGUUCAAGCGCAAAGUGGAGCCGUUGAUACCCAAAGACGAC